AUGACCGUAGAAAUUAAGAGGGACGCAUGCACUUUGUCCCACAACAGCGACAACAACAAAACGCUACCACAUUCCCAUUACGAAAAGCAGCAACAAAACAUGGAGUUCUUUACAACCAUCCUUGAGGCCCUCAACUGCCAUGCUGCACAGUCACCCAACAAGGUUGUCUUUACUUGGGUUGGAAGACAAUGUAAGGAACAGAACAAGAUGACAUUUAAACAGCUUCAGGAUCAAUCCAAUGCCGUGGCUGCUCAUCUCAUCAAACUGGGAUGCCAAAAGGGCGACAGAGUCAUGGUGGCCUAUCCAUUUGGCCUCGAGUUUUUGGCUGGCAUGUUUGGUGCCAUGAAGAUCGGAGUUAUCCCUUGCUCCAUUUAUCCACCCAACCCCAAGCAACUCAAAACUGAACUACCCAAAUUCCGCAGAUUUGCAGAGGAUGCUGGAGCCAAGUAUGCUCUUACCACCAACACAUUUGCUACUGCCAUGACUGCCGCUAGUGUCUUUUACGUGACUGGAGUGAAGUGGAUUGGAACCGAUCAACUGUCAAUCAAGGGGAGCAAAGCCAAGAAACCAAAACACUUCAAGCAAUUCGUGGGAGAACCCGACGCUAUCUGCUUCAUCCAGUACACAUCUGGAAGCACUGGACGACCCAAAGGGGUCAUGGUCAGUCACCACCAUCUAGUUGAGACCUGCAGGGCCGGCAUUUCCUUGACCGAUUUAAACACCACUUCUGUGGCAGCUCUUUGGGUCCCACAAUAUCAUGACAUGGGACUUACAGGAUUUAUGUCAUGCCUCUACACUGGAAGUAAACUGGUAGCGGCAUCGCCACUAGACUUUAUUGCCAAACCACUCCUGUGGGCGGAUAUGGUGGAGACAUACAAAGCGACCCAUACGUCAGCACCCAACUUUGCCUAUGCCCUGCUCCUCAAGCGGUUGGAGCAAGCCAACAGAAAAUCACACUGGAGUUGCAUGAAGGCAGCGAUGUUUGGCGGUGAACCAGCACAAAGCCAUGUUGUGCAAGCAGUGGUAAAGACACUCUCCAUCAAGCCUGAGCAGGUGUACAAUAUCUAUGGCAUGGCUGAAAUGGUGGUAUUUGUUACCGGGGGACCAGCCAAAAUAGACUCUGAAGAAGGUCUUGUGUCUUGUGGCGUAGUAGAUUCGCCUACUCUAAAGAUUCGAAUAGUUGAGGACGGAAAUGAGGUUGAGGAUGGGAAAGUUGGGAGCAUCUGGGCGCAAUCACCACGGGUGGCAGCUGGAUAUUAUGGCCAGCCAGAGCUAUCCAACUAUACAUUUGCCAAUACUUUGCCCAGCUAUGAUGGCACCUGGCUAGACACUGGUGAUUUGGGGAGAGCUUUGGAUGGGCAGCUCUAUGUCACUGGAAGAGUCAAGGAUGUUAUCAUUAUCAACGGCAAGAACUACUAUCCGACUGAUGUGGAGCUCUCUAUUGAUGAAACUUUUGGUGAUAUCAUUCGCCCUGGAAGGACCACUGCCUUCCAGCAUGGGGAGGAUAGUGUCGGUGUCACAGUGGAAGGGAGGAAGGGCUUUGACAAUUCUGACAACCAAGAUUUGGCAGCCCAAAUAGCCAACCAUGUCUCCAAAAUCCACGGGCUCUUUGCGUCAGAGGUAGUGGUCCUGAAGUUGGGUGUGACACCAAAAACCACCUCUGGCAAGCUGAAGCGAAGUGAGAUUAGGCAGAAAACCAUUGCUGGUGAUUGGAAAGAAGCUUCCAUACUACUUUAA